CAAGCCAUGGCCGCCGCGGCGGCAACGUGAGCGGCUCCGCGGACCCCGCGCCUGGGCCGGGGCGCGGCCGGAGCCCCGCCGAGCCUGCGGCGCCGAGAGGCCCCCGGCCAUGCGGCCGCCGCCACUCCUGUUGCUGCCGCUGCUACUGCAGCUCGGCGGCCGCGGCCUUGCGGCGCCCCCGGCAGACUCUCUUUCCCAGCUGCCUGCCCCUCAGAACCCGAAGAUUCACCUGCACAAAACCAAGCAGGUACUGAGUUGGGAGCCAGUGUCCCUGGACAAUGACACAAGGCCAGUGGUCUACCGGGUGCAGUACAAAUACUCCACUAGUAAUGACUGGUUCAACGUGGACAUAAGUGAAGCACACGUAUGGGUGAAUUGUACGAAGAUCACCUCAACAGAAUGUAACUUUACCCCAACCAGCCUCUCGAAGGGUUUCCCACCACAUUUCAACAUCUCUUUACGUGUCCGCGCUGAGCUGGAAGGACGUGUUUCUGACUGGGUGACAGUGCCUUGGUUCCAGCACUUUCGGAACGUUACCAUCGGGCCUCCAGAAAACAUUUGGGUGACCCCAGGAGAUGGCUCCCUUAUCAUCAGGUUCUACCCUCCCUUUGACAUCGAGGCCUCUUCCAAGGCCACUUUUGUGUACUAUGUCCGUUACUGGGAAAGGGAAGGAAUCCAACAGGUUAAAGGCCCUUUCAGAAGCAACGUCAUUGUAUUGAAGGAUUUAAAACCCCUGAGAACAUACUGUUUACAAGUCAAUGCACAACUGUCUGUGACAGAACCAGACAUCUCCAGAGUCGGGCAUUGGAGCAGCAUAACUUGUCACGAAACAAUAGUAGAUGCCUCUACCGAGCUUCAACAAAUCAUCCUGAUUGCUGUGGGAACCUUUUUGUUGCUGUCAGUGCUGGCAGGCGGCUGUUUCUUCCUGGUCCUGAAAUAUAGAAGCCUGAUUAAACACUGGUUUCAGUCUCCACCAAGCAUCCCAUUACAAAUAGAAGAGUAUUUAAAGGACCCGGCCCAGCCGAUUUUAGAGGCUUUGGAGCAGGACAGCUCGCCAAAGGAUGAUGCCUGGGACUCCGUGUCCAUCGUUUCGUUUCCAGGGAAGGAGUGAGGAGAUGGUCUCCGAAGCACUUUGCUCCAAAGCACUGGUCCCGUUUGCCAGGCCGUGGGAAGAGGACUUGGCGCCAAUGAGCUGCUGAUCAUCCUGUCAGGACUUUUCGGAGCCCAGGACUCCCUAUUCCCAUAGCAAAACGGGCCUUCGGUGCCUGGGGAGAAGUAGUGGGUCUCCUGACAAGCUUUUGUGGGUUUUUUUUUUUUUAUCUUUCGGAGUUUUCUAAUUAUACAACUUGCUAGAAUGAUUCUAUAGAAAUGUCCCAGAAAAAUUUAGAUUUCUCUUAAACACUAAAAAGGAACGCAAUUAUUUGUUAGUAAAAUGGUUCUGGCAUACCUCUGAUAUUCUGUUUAUUGUUGGUUGGACCCAGGAGUGAGGAGACCGGGUCCUCUUCUUGACUCUGUCUGGAAAGUGAGCUGUGGCUCCUCCGGGAGGUCACAUAACCUGCUCAGCCUGUCCCUACAAGGGACACUGAGUAGCCCUUCACAUCCAGUCUCCCAGCUUAAAAUGUGAUUAAUCCUGUAAAUAUUUCCCUAGUAACUUAAGGGUGUUUUUUUUCCCCCAAGCUAGAAAUAAAAAACUGUAUAAUUAA